GGCCGGCGCCGGUCAUGGGCAUCCGGGCGCCGCCACCGCAGUAGCCAAAGGAGGGAGCCGCCCCGCCGCCUCCGGCCAUGGAGGUGGGCAAGAUGACUGUCAGCAUCAACAAGGCCAUUAAUGCUCAGGAAGUCGCCGUCAAGGAGAAGCACGCCAGAACAUGUAUCUUGGGGACGCACCACGAGAAAGGAGCCCACACCUUCUGGUCUGUCGUGAACCGCUUGCCUCUCUCCAGCAAUGCUGUCCUCUGUUGGAAAUUCUGCCACGUCUUCCACAAGCUCCUCCGUGAUGGACACCCAAACGUCUUGAAGGAUUCCGUGAGGUACAAGAGCGAGCUGAACGACAUGAGCCGCAUGUGGGGCCACCUGAGCGAGGGUUAUGGGCAGCUGUGCAGCAUCUACCUCAAACUGCUGAGAACCAAGAUGGAAUUCCACACAAAAAAUCCCAGGUUCCCUGGAAACCUCCAGAUGUCAGACAGGCAACUUGACGAGACGGGCGAGAACGACGUUAAUAAUUUUUUCCAGCUCACUGUGGAGAUGUUUGAUUACCUGGAGUGCGAACUGAACCUAUUUCAGACAGUGUUCAAUUCCUUGGACAUGUCUCGCUCCGUGUCGGUCACCGCUGCUGGGCAGUGCCGUUUGGCCCCUCUGAUCCAGGUCAUCCUCGACUGCAGCCACCUCUACGACUAUACCGUUAAACUUCUCUUCAAGCUCCAUUCCUGCCUCCCAGCUGACACACUCCAAGGCCACAGGGACCGUUUCCUAGAGCAGUUCAAGAAGCUGAAGGAUCUGUUCUAUCGCUCCAGCAACCUGCAGUAUUUCAAGCGACUGAUUCAGAUCCCUCAGCUGCCCGAGAAUCCCCCUAACUUCCUGCGGGCUUCGGCCCUCUCCGAGCACAUCAGCCCGGUCGUCGUCAUCCCGGUGGAGGCCUCGUCCCCCGACAGUGAGCCGAUCAUGGAACUCGUGGACAUGGAAACCUCCUCUCAGAAGAGCCUGCCUGAGAAUAAGUUUGAUGACAUCUUUGGCAGUUCAUUCAGCAAUGACCCGUUCAACUUUAACAGCCAGAAUGGGAUGAACAGUGAUGACAAGGACCAGUUGAUUGAGCAGCUGCACAGAGAGAUCAGCAACCUCAAGGAGGAGCUGAAAAACUUCAAGGCUGAGAGUCACCGUCUGGUGAUGCAGCUGAAGGGGCGGAUCAGCGAGCUGGAGGCGGAGCUGGCGGAGCAGCAGCACCUGAAGCAGCAGGCGCUGGACGAGAGCGACUUCCUGCGGACCGAACUGGACGAACUGAAGAAGCGGCACGAGGACACGGAGAAAGCGCAGCGCAGCCUGACAGAGAUUGAGAGGAAAGCGCAAGCGACCGAGCAGCGUUACAUGAAGUUGAAGGAAAAGUACAGUGAGCUGGUGCAGAACCACGCGGACCUCCUGCGCAAGAAUGCUGAAGUCACUAAGCAGGUAACAGUGGCGAGACAGGUCCAGGGCGAUGCGGAACGAGAGAAGAAAGAGCUGGAGGACUCCUUUCAGCAGCUGAGCAAGCAGGCCCAACGGAAGAUGCAGGAGCAGGCAGAAGUCCUGGAGACGUUGAAGAGGGAGCUCGUGGCCAGCAAGCAGGAAAUCCAGAGCCUCAGAAGUACUAUUGAGUGUAGCACUCAGUCUGAAGCGGAGCAAAGCACCCAGCUGGCCGGCCUGCGGCAGGAGAGGGACACCCUUGCGGAGACGGUGGCCCAGCAUGACCAGCAGAGGGCAGCCUUGCAGGCGGAAGUGGAGCAGCUCAAGACCACACUGGAGACGGAGAAGGAGAGCAGCAGCAAGACGCUGGAAGAGCUGCAGUGCCGCCUGGGGGAAAAGGAGCGCAACGCACAGGACUUCCAGCAGCAGCUCCUGGACAAGCAGUUUGCUCUCCUACAGUGUGCCGUAGGAGAGGCUGAGCAGAUGGUCCAGGAUGCCUUGAAUCGACUCGACGACCCCAUUCACAUCAGCUGCACAAGUUCUGCAGAUUACCUUCUGUCUAGGUCAGUUGCUGCAUUGAAGUGCGUCGAGCAGCUCGAGGAGGCACGCGGCCAGUACCUUGCCGACCGGUCAGACGUGAGCGCCCUCUUGUCGAGUGUGGCUCUCUUUGCCCACCUGACCGGAGACACCAUUCUGCAAGCCAGCGCCACAUCGCACAUGGCCCCCAUGGAGCCUGCUGACCUGCUGCUGGAGGCCUGCAGACAGUGUGGAGGUGAGGCCCUGCACUAUCUAGGGACCCUGAGGGACGCGGCCUCGCUGGAGAGUGCUGACUGCACCGCCGUCAGGAACUGCCUCAGCCGGAUUGCCACAAUCGGGGAGGAGCUGCGCCCCAAAGGCCUGGAUAUCAAGCAGGAUGAACUGGGGGACCUGGUGGACAAGGAGAUGGCGGCCACAGCGGCGGCCAUUGAGACAGCGGCGGCCAGAAUUGAGGAGAUGCUGAGCAAAUCGCGGGCCGGAGAUACCGGAGUCAAGCUUGAGGUCAAUGAGAGGAUCCUAGGCUCCUGCACAGACUUAAUGCAGGCGAUCCAGGAUCUGGUUCUGGCUUCCAAGGAUCUCCAGCGAGAGAUUGUGGAGAGCGGAAGGGGAGCAGCAUCCCCCAAGGAGUUCUAUGCCAGGAAUUCCCGGUGGACAGAGGGGCUGAUCUCCGCCUCCAAGGCCGUCGGAUGGGGAGCAACCCUCAUGGUAGAUGCUGCUGAUCUUGUGGUUCAAGGCAAAGGGAAGUUUGAGGAGCUAAUGGUCUGCUCCCAUGAAAUUGCAGCAAGCACGGCUCAGCUCGUUGCUGCCUCAAAGGUGAAAGCGGAUAAAGACAGUGCAAACCUCAGCAAACUUCAAGUGGCUUCUCGGGCAGUCAACCAAGCGACUGCAGGGGUGGUGGCCUCCACCAAGUCAGGAAAGUCACAGAUUGAGGAGAAAGCAGACAGCAUGAACUUCUCUGCCAUGACGCUAACGCAAAUCAAGCGGCAAGAAAUGGACUCCCAGGUGCGGGUGUUAGAGCUAGAGAGCCAGCUGCAGAAGGAACGCCAGCGCCUGGGCGAGCUGCGCAAGAAACACUAUCAGCUGGCAGGUGUGGCUGAGGGCUGGGAUGAGAAUGGUGCAGAUUUGGCUCCCUGAGGCAGCCAGAGGAAGAGGCCCCUUCCGUUGAUGUGGCUCCUUCCGAAGAUGAACGAUGAACUGGUUUGGAACAUACCGCAAAGCCUGUGCCCACCAAGACAUUCCUCUCUCUCACACACACGCUGGUCAGGCUAGGGUGCCCUGCUGACCAAGAUGGUAGCAGUGCAGGCUGGAGAAGAGGAACGGUAGCUCUCUCUCCUAAGCAGCGUCGAUAGCAUUGUCCCUCCAUAGCCACAAGACACCAGCUCUGCACUCCAUAUGUAUUACAGCUUUGCAGCAUUGUUGCAGAGCUGCAUUCUUCUCCCCCCCCCCCAUUUCCUCCUUAUUUGCACAGCCUCUGAGUUGCCAGUUGGCCUCGGCUCUUGACCAUACCAGGGACCGUGGUGGUCUUACUGAUCAUGCUGCUGCUGCUCCUUUUGCCUGUCUCUUCUUGGGAUCAGAGCCAAGAUGUCGGCAGGAGAUUCUGAUACUGUUGUUUUGAGAUGAGGGGAGCGGAGAUGUGCGCCCGCCCUUUUCCAGCAAGCAAGGGGCCCGGCACAAGAAUGCAGUGGGUGGAAGGAGCUUUAGAGGCAGCCAUAUCUACAGGAAGGGACCGGUCUGCAAGGCGCUCAGUCCUUGGUGCAGAAGGCUUACGUGGGCCGAGCCAUCCCGAGAGUUCCAGCCAGUCUGUCUGACCUCUGGCAGGGCGCAUUCCUUGUCUCCAGGAUCUUUCUCACUAGCCCAGUGCCUGCUCUGAUCUUGGUUCAGCUGGACAGAUCCUUUUCUGCUGCCUCAAAAGUAGUUCACUGUGUAUUGUGCCAGCCAUGAACAGCGGAGAAUCCAGGAGCUUGGGGGGGGGGGAUGCUGAUGGGGCUUCAUUUGUGUUUCAGGUUGUAAGGAGCUCCAGCUGCUGGUUGCAGGUCAUACCGGUUGCCUUUCUGACACAUGAACUUCAUUGUCCAAGCAGGAGCCACUAGAGCCAGACAAGCCUGAGUGCAUCUGCUCCCUGAGCCGUUUUAGCCCAUCAGAGCCAGGGAGAAGCGGGCAAGGAAGAAUCUAGGAUGGAGCCUGGGUUCUAACUGAGAUUUGGCUUCUCUUUCUCACUGCUACUUGCAAUUAGAUGCAGUCGGGCUGAGCUGCCUCCGGCACCUCGUGAUCACUGUGACCCUCUUAAGGGAAGACGACGGCUCACGGCUUGAGUGACUUGCAGAGUAAGCGAAGAAUGUCCUUCUACCCAGAAGAGGGGUGUGUGUGCAGGGGUGGGACACGCCAUGGCCUUGUUCACUCUGGCUCCUGAGGGAACACGGGGAGGAAUUCAAUGCUGGUGCCCUAAGCAUGUGAAGUAACAUUUUUCAACCCAGCUCUUGCUGUGCAGAGAGGCCUCGGGAAAGUCUCGGCCACCUGCAUCUGGCUGGACUUGCCGGUAAAGUACAGUAGAAGAAACCUUGAAUAAAAAGGAUUGCCCGGCAGCCGAUUCCUCAGAGCUGCAGCAACGGCUGUCAAAACGGCGGCAAUAUCUUCCUCCCUGUGUUCCCUUGCUGGGACAGCACCAUUAGUGGCCAGAGAACAUCUGGGCAGGGAGACUCUACUUUCCCCCAUGGCCUGAUUCCCCCACCACCCUGCCAAAAAAACAAAUUGGUGCAGACCUUCUAAGGUCAGAAUCCUGGGUGGUCUUUCCUAGUUCCGCAUCCCAGAUAGGGUUAACAUCAGCCUGAAGCUGCAUAUAACGUCUUGCAGCCUUGGAUAGCGCCCACCCCAGAUCUGGUUUCUACAGGCCCAAUGGUCUAUUUCAGCCAUGGGGUGGGAAGAAUUCAGGUCAGAAAACCUAGCAGGAGUACACUGAGCAAUGUGCCCUUAACCCCCUUCCUCCUAGCAAGCUACACCUUGGAGCGAGCUGCCUCAUCUGAGAAGGUUUGUAUGUAGCAAGCGUUGCUCAUUUAUCCAGAAGCUUUAGAAAUGCACACAGGAAGCUGAAAAAUGGACAGGAGAGUGGGCUAGCUGUGGUUCUGCCUUGCGGUGAGCAGGAAAGGUCUAGUUUGCGGUACUAUUACUUGCUGACGAAGGAGUCAUGGCCUCUGACGAUGUCAAGUCCAUGCCAGGCUCCCUCGUGCCCCCCCCCCCCAGGUUACUCGAUGAGAAGCCUGCCUGUCGCACACUGCCAUCCCGGGGCAGGGGGAGCGUUCCGCUUUCCCAGUCCUUGAGGAUCUCUGAUUACCUGCCUACCCACUCCAGCCUCCACUGCUCAGAUAGCCUAACAACCUGGUGCCUGUUAUACCCCAGGCCUUCCUGCCACUUGAUUGGCAGACCAAGAACCAAAUAGCACUCCUCCCACCGCCAGCUCGAAUGAGGUCUCUCGGCUGCCCAUCCUCUCCGAAGCAAUAGGAACCACCCUGUUGCCAUAGCACAGGGAGAGGAGCUGAUGUGGUGUUGACCCCUCCCAGCAGCUCAGACUUUUCCAGGGACACCCCAACUCCCCCCCCCCCAUGCCCCUAUACUACCUCAGGUUUUCAGGCUGAUUUGCCACACACGUUGGGGGCAAAAAGGAAGAGGAUGAGGACCAGCUGGAGAAGUUUGCCAUGACACUAGCAGAAAGGGGCCAUUUUGGCUUGGAAUAGAAUGCUUCUUCCUCAACGCUUGCUCUUUCUCUUCCUUUUACUUUUCUUAAAUCUGGGGGUGGUGGUGAACAAACUUUCAUUAGAGCAGUUCCCUGUAAGCGACUGAAUCCACCCACCAUGUGCUUUGGGCCCCCACCAAUCGGUCCAGGCAGCCAGCUCUUUCCCCCCCCCCUUCCAACAAAAC